AUGAGGAGGCCGAUAUCGUCGUACGUAGAACUGUUCUACGACAAGAACGUGAUUUCGUGGAGCAAACGUUUGUUGGGCUUAUCCGGCCUCUGGCCAGAUAAUCGCAACGACGUUCGAUUCUUUCUCUACAUUACGUACGUCGUGAUCUUCACUUGGCUGGAGAUCGUGACGCUGGUCCAGAAUAUACACGACCUUGAGAAGACAUUGAAAAAUAUCACGCUAUCGUUCCCAACCAUCUUGAUAGUGCUGAAGGCCGUGAUGUUCCGGAUGAAUAUGCAUCUCGUCCUACCGUUGCUGACGGUCGUCAAGAGGGACGUGAACGAGGGCCUGUAUCGUUCGGCGGAGGAAAGGCGGACGGUCGUCUGGUAUAACGUGGCCGCCACUUUAUUUUCCACCUCGUCGGCCUUGUCUUUAUUCUUCGUGCCCACGUUGUUUUACGCCAAGCCAAUCAUCGGCUGUCUUUUAUCGAAGUACAAUAAUUGUACCCUUCCUUUCGAAUUACCCAUGAAAGUGAAUAACGUUUACGAAAUAACGAAACUGCAAACGUACGCCUUGUUCUGCGUUUAUUUGAUACCAACGAGUACAUUGUUAACGAUCGGUGCAACCGGGGCGGAUAGUCUUCUGGUGACAUUAACGUUCCAUCUUUGCAGUCAACUUUCAAUUGUAGCAUAUCGCAUGAGAAACGUCAAUAUCGAACCGAAGAUGUAUUUUCCGAAAAUGAAGGCACUCGUUGAACGGCACACCGAACUUCUACGAUUGGCGAAUAUUUUAGCGAACACGUUUAGUUCUCUCAUGUUUGUACAAACAUUAGGAUUAAUAUUCUCACUGUGCAUCGUGGUCUAUCAAUUACUUAUGACAAGCGAAUCGGGAGAAGAUAUGAAUACGAUACAUUUUAUAAUCUACUCUUGUGCUGUUAUAUUGUUAGCAUUCUGCUAUUGUUUCUUGGGAGAGUGUCUCAUUAACGAGAGUAGCGAAGUGCAAAUGGCUUGUUACUUUACUAAUUGGUACGAUUUACCAGAGCAGUACACGCGGUCUUUAAUAUUUUGUAUCGCUCGAGCGCAGAAACCGUUAUACCUAACAGCUGGCAAGUUUUACGUGUUUUCUUUAGAAACUUUUGGCGUUAUAGUAAAAGCAUCAAUGGCCUACCUCUCCGUUCUAAAAAGUAUUAUCUAAACGAUUAAACACCAGAUUAGCAGGUUCAAUUUAUCAAAAUAAAAAAUAAAAAUAAAACCAAAAAAGUAUUUGUUCCAAUUAACUACGAGUAACGAUUAAAACCUUGCAACUAAAUC